GCUCUGCUCUGCCCAGAAGACCAACGGACCAAGUUCUUUCUACCUUACCCCAUCGUACAUUCAAAUGGCUGACGCCGCACAUCGAUAACACCAUGCUGCACAUCAACACACGCUAGCAUAACGAACACACCACCGCAAAACUGGCACCAUGUUGCCAUACAUGAAUCUGCCUUUUCAAUAUGUUUCUGGUCUCCUGGGCGCCUCGUCCGAUGAACUCAAGCUCAUAACCUCCUUUCUCCUCUCCUACCCCCUGGCUGGCCUUCUAAAGCGAGUGCCAGACGAGCGGCCCGCCUUGAAGAAUCUCUUCAUCAUAGUAGUCUCCUCGUUUUACUUGGUUGGCCUGUUCGACUUAUGGAUUGGUGCCAGGACGCUCGCGUUGAGCUCCGUUGGAGCCUACUGCAUUGCACAACACAUACAAGGGCCGUUUAUGCCAUGGAUUGGUUUUGUUUUUCUCAUGGGCCACCUGUCGAUAAACCAGCUUGCACGACAAUUUCGUAACGACCCUGCGGUAAUUGAUAUAACGGGUGCUCAGAUGGUCCUCGUCAUGAAGCUUACGGCGUUUUGUUGGAAUGUUGCCGAUGGACGACUGCCGGAGAAGAAUCUUUCUGAUUUUCAGAAAGAGAGGGCUAUCAAGCAGCUACCAGGCCCACUUGACUUCGCUGGAUAUGUCAUGUUCUUCCCGUCUCUUUUUGCUGGUCCAGCAUUCGAUUACGUCGAUUACAGACGAUGGAUAGAGACCACCAUGUUCGAAGUGCCGGCUGGAGUUGACCCGUCGAAGAAACCUCCUACACGAAAGAAGAGAAAAAUUCCUCGCAGUGGAACCCCGGCAGCGUGGAAAGCAGCUGCUGGAAUGGUCUGGAUCCUCUUGUUUCUCAAGCUGUCCGGGUGGUAUUACCCCGAUCUACUUACUGGGAACAAGUAUAUGUCUUAUGGCUUUCACCACCGGGUCUGGAUAUUACAUAUGCUUGGGUUCACUACUCGCCUUAAGUACUAUGGCGUUUGGUCCUUGACCGAAGGCGCAUGUAUUCUCUCCGGUUUAGGGUACAAGGGGGUGGAUCCGGUCACUGGAAAGGUAUCAUGGGAUCGACUCCGCAACGUGAGCCCUUGGGGUGUCGAGAGUGCUCAAAAUACUCGAGCCUACUUGGGAAACUGGAACAUCAACACGAAUACUUGGCUUCGAAAUUACAUAUAUCUGCGCGUCACACCCCGCGGCAAGAAGCCCGGCUUCCGCGCUAGUAUGGCGACUUUUGUUACGAGUGCGUUUUGGCACGGCUUCUACCCUGGCUAUUAUUUGACGUUCGUCCUCGCGAGCUUCGUCCAGACUGUUGCUAAGAAUUUUCGACGUUAUUUCCGUCCCUUCUUCCUCGACCCCAAAACUUCGCAGCCUACUUCAACAAAGAUCUAUUAUGAUAUCUUCUCCUAUCUUGUCACCCAGCUGGCGUUCUCCUUCACUACCGCGCCGUUUGUUCUACUAACCCUCCCCGCAUCAUUUCUCGUUUGGGCAAGGGUCUACUUCUAUGCCGUGAUCGGCACUGCUCUUUCCACUGCAUUCUUUGCAUCACCUGCCAAAGCCUUCUUGAUCAAGAAGUUAAAUGAGCGAGCGGGCACAAGCGGUCCCCUAAAGCGCACAAACAGCCAGGAGUCUUUGGCCAGCAAAGAACCCGUGUUGGGGCUACCGGCCGAGCCGCAAAAGGAUUUGGAGGAGAUUGUUUCUGAAGUUAGGGCAGAGAUGGAGGCCCGUCAGCGCAAAGGUAUCACGAGGACAGAGACAGCGCCGAUUCCCGCAAACAAAGGGAUAUAG